UGAGGCGGUGCCAGAAACCAGGCGCCCGCUGAAGCGUUCGGCGGCUCCGCUAGGCGGCUCGCCAUCUUUUCCAGCAGGCCGGAGGCCUUCAUGCAGGAUGCUGUAUUCUCUGCUCCUUUGUGAAUGUCUGUGGCUUAUAACUGGUUAUGCUUCUGAUGAUGACUGGAUUGAUCCCACAGACAUGCUUAACUAUGAUGCUGCUUCAGGAACAAUGAGAAAAUCUCAGGUGAAAUAUGAUGUAUCAGAGAAAAAAGAUGUCAGUCCUGACUUGUCAUGUGCUGAUGAAUUGUUGGAAUGUUAUAGCAAACUUGAUUCUUUAACUCAUAAGAUCAGUGAGUGUGAAAAGAAAAAGAGGGAAGACUAUGAAAGUCAAAGCAAUCCUGUUUUUAGGAGAUACUUAAAUAAAAUUUUAAUUGAAGCCAGGAAGCUCGGACUUCCUGAAGAAAACAAAGGUGAUAUGCAUUAUGAUGCUGAGAUUAUCCUAAGAAGACAAACCUUGUUAGAAAUACAGAAGUUUCUCAGUGGAGAGGAUUGGAAGCCAGGAGCCUUGGAUGAUGCACUAAGUGAUAUUUUAAUUAAUUUUAAGCUUCAUGAUUUUGAAACAUGGAAGUGGCGAUUUGAAGACUCUUUUGGAGUGGAUCCGUAUAACGUGUUGAUGGUGCUUCUGUGUCUGCUCUGCAUCGUGGCACUGGUGGCUACCGAGCUGUGGACCUAUGUGCAUUGGUACACCCAGCUGAGACGGGUUUUAUUCAUCAGUUUUCUCGUCAGUUUGGGAUGGAAUUGGAUGUAUUUAUAUAAGCUAGCCUUCGCACAGCAUCAGGCCGAGGUUGCCAAGAUGGAGCCGUUAAACAACGUGUGUGCUGAGAAGAUGGACUGGAUUGGAAGUCUCUNAGAAGUGUUUAGAAGUUCGUGGACCUAUAAGGAUGACCCAUGCCAAAAAUACUAUGAGCUCUUGUUAGUCAACCCUAUUUGGUUGGUCCCACCAACGAAGGCACUGGCAGUUACGUUCACCAACUUUGUCACGGAGCCAUUGAAACACAUUGGAAAAGGAGCUGGUGAAUUUAUUAAAGCGCUCAUGAAGGAGAUGCCAGUAUUACUUCACAUUCCAGUGCUGAUAAUUAUGGCACUGGCUGUCCUGAGUUUCUGCUAUGGUGCUGGAAAAUCAGUUAAUAUGCUGAGACAAAUAAGUGGUCCCGAGAGAGAACCACCCCGGGCACUUGAGCCAGGUGACAGAGGACGGCAGAAGGAAGUUGAUUAUAGACCCCAUGGUGGAGCAGGUGAUACAGAUUUCUAUUAUAGAGGCCCGAUCGGCCCCGUUGAGCAAGGCCCUUAUGACAAAACAUAUGAGGGUAGAAGAGAUGUUUUGAGACAGAGAGAUGUUGACUUGAGACUUAAGACUGGCAACAAGAGCCCCGAAGUGCUCCGGGCAUGUGAUUUACCAGACGCAGAGGCGAGAGAGCAUCCCAAGGCGGUACCCAGUCAUAAAUUUCCUGUUUUGGAUGCAAAGCCCAAAGAGAUUGGAAUCCCAGGAGAAAGCACACUGCCAGAAAGCAGCACUGAAAGCAGCCAGUCCACUAAGCGUGUCUCUGGUGCAGAGACAUCAGAGAAGGCGGAAGGUACAUCUGCGGAGGAAAAGGGCCAGCUCAGGACCGAGGCCAGAGGCAGCCCAGAGGAAGGCGGUGGUGCAUCCAGCCCCGCCAGCUGUGGAAAGGACCUGGAUGCUGGCCCAUGUGGCUAGAGGAACAUAGACUCGGACCACAGCUCCGAGGUCGUCUUUGGGUUUUGUAAAGUAUACUCUUCACAACCGUGCACUCUUCUCUACACAUAUUCUGACAUUUACUAUACAGGUGCCAACUUCUACAUUAACAUUUUUAUUGACCAUCAGAACGAAUGAAUACACAUGUAUUUGUUUAGUUUUUAAUCUUUUGUCAGUUUAAUUUCAUUUUCAUAUUGAAACCUCCCAAAAAGUUUUAAAGUUUUAAUUUUGGAACGGGAUUCAUCGAUGAACACCAUGGCAAGUAUCACUGAUUUCAAAUAAAGAGGUCACUUUGAUUCAGGGGACAGUGAAAAAGAAGUUGAUGGUUCACAGGCUUAGAUGGGAACCAACUAGCCAACGUGCGUGGUGCCUAGCGAAGCCCGAGGACACCUACCUUAGUUAAUAAUUUGUUAGUCGUGCAUUGGAUUCGAUAUGUUUCUGCAAGUGGGAGUACCCAAAAAUAGUUUUUAAGGAGAGUCCACUGUGGUCAAGUUUACUCUUGUCAUGCACUUCGGUGUCUUCAUGCAGCCAUGGAGUGUGUGUCCGUUUGUCUCUGUGUAGGCUGCCUUAGCUCAUCAUGGCUUUGUCAUUCCCUAUCCCAUCUCCGUCUCUCAACUCUCCCAGCGAUGACUGGGCCUGCUUCCUGGCCACCUAUCUUACUUUACCCUCAGCUAAGAACUGAAGAUUGCCAGGAGAAUUUAGUUAUUAGCACAGUUUAAGUCGGUAAUCUGGGUUUUACAUAGUCCGUAGACUUUGAGAAUAGCUCUAUUUCAAUAUGUACUUUACACAUUGGUCAAGUACAUUAUUUUUGCUAAACAGCAUAAUCUCUCUACAUCCCUGGUCAAAUACUAAAAAAUGCCACUGUCAAGAUUUUUAAAAACUUACCUCAGCAAGAGGGUGUAAAAUUUAACGUUAAUAUUAUUUUCUAGUUUAAUAUUGCAAACAUCUUUAGUAUUUCAUCAAAAAGGCAGUAUUCCACCCCCCCAAAUACAACAGAAUUUUGUAUAAAAAUUUGUAACAUAGUAGGUAUGUGAUAUAUGAACUAAUGCAAGGAUGCCUGCAGUUUGGGGAUUUUUGAACAUCAAUACAUAUAAAGGCCUCUCUUGUGGCACCUGGGUGGCUCAGUUGGUUAAGCAUCUGACUUCAACUCAGGUCAUGAUCUCACGGUUUGUGAGUUCAAGCCCUGAGCGGGCUCUGUGCUGACAGCUCAGAGCCUGGAGCCUGCUUCAGAUUCUGUGUUUCCCUCGCGCUCUCUCUCUCUCUCUCUCUGCCCCUCCCCUGCUCAUUCUCUCUGUCCCCCCUCUCAAAAAUAAACAUUGAAAAAACCUCUUUGAGGGCCAGACGUGUUCAUGCUAGUUGGUAAAUAUGCACCUAGGGUGGUUAGGUGUCCUUUGAGCUGUGAUUAGACUCUAGAGUAUCGAAUGCCUCAGGUGACACACUGUAACAAUGAGAGUGGAGUUAAUGCUGUUUGAACUUUUUAUCAAUCUAAAAACAAGUCUGUAAAAAAUUAAAA